GCUUGAGAUGCCCUAGUUCCCAUUUGCUCUUCCCGCCUGUUUUAUUAUUUCGCAUUUAGCAUUUCCUCAGAUAAAUUGCAGGCGAGGGCAACUAUUUCUGCUGCAGGGCUACCAGAGUUGCUAAGCGAGUAGAAAGACGGCCCCAAUGUCGCUGAGGAAGGGCACCUUUAGUGGUACGAACGUGUUCCUCUCUCGAAACCUCGUCCCGCCGGAGGUUUUCGACGCCAUCCACGACACCCUACGACUGAACGGCGCUCAGGUCUUCCUCUGCUGCGAUCCUUCCCGGACAGCCCCCAACGAUUACCACGUCAUCUCUUCUCCAGAUCACGAGAAGUUUGAGGAUCUUAAGGCAAAGGGAUGCAAUAUUGUAGGACCACAAUGCAUUUUUUCUUGUGCGAAAGAGCACAGGAUGUUGCCCAAGCAUGGCUAUACCUGUUGCCUUGCAAUGGAUGGAGUUAAAGUUAUUGCUUCUGGAUUUGAGAGGGAUGAAAAGGCCAUGAUUGAAAAACAAGUCACUGCUAUGGGUGGGGUUCUGCUGGCCAAAACAUCAAUGGAUGUCAACUUUGUCAUCGUGAAGAAUGUUUUGGCAGCUAAGUAUAAGUGGGCUUUACAUGUUCUUAAGAAACCUAUCGUUAACAUGUGCUGGUUGCGCCAAUGUUGGAUUGAGCAUCGGGUUGUGCCUCAAGAGUCUUACAGGGUUCUUCCUUUUAUGGGUUUGACAAUUUGUGUUACCAGAAUUCCUGCAGAUGAACGGAAGGAAAUAGAAAGUUUGAUCGUACAGAAUGGUGGCCAGUAUUCUGCCGAUCUUACCAAAAAAUGCUCCCAUCUUGUUUCAGAUGCUCCAGCUGGCGACAAGUAUGUGGUUGCGCAAAGAUGGGGUCACAUACAUAUUGUUAGCCGCAAAUGGAUCGAUCAAUCCAUUUCAAGACGAGCUUGUCUGGAUGAGCGUCUCUAUCCUGUUCAUGAAAUUUCUGCUUCUGUUAAUGAUGCAAGAGUUUUGCGUAAGGAGCCCAACAAUGAAAUCCCACAGCUUGUCCAACUAAACAAUGUUGAGGACCUAGAAGCAACUUCAUCUCAGAAUAUCUCCAUUUCAGAAACCGAUACCAUUAAAAAUGAGGUUUAUAAAGGAUUUCCUGGGAACAUGGAAGACAAACAUAUUGAAACAAAUUCUGAAAAUAUGGAAGACCAAGCUAAAUUUGAUUGUCGAGUAGCUCAAGACUCGGAAGAGGAUGAUGAUCUUUAUCUAUCGAGUUGUAGAAUUUUUCUGGCAGGCUUUGAGGAGAAGGAAUUGAGAAAGCUAGUUGAUAUGAUAAGAAGAGGUGGAGGCACUAGGCAUAUGCUAUUGAAUGAAAAGUUGUCACACAUAAUUUUAGGCACUCCUUCGGAGGCAGAAAAGAAAGAGGUAAGACGCUUGGCUGUUUGGGGUGUCAUUAAUGUGGUUAAUUGUACUUGGCUCGAGGAAUCUGAUCAAGCAAAAAGAGAGCUUCCUGUAUCAUCUAAGCACAUAUUUCCCACUUUAAUGAUGUCUAAGGAUUAUACAAAUUUAUGUAUGGAGCCGUCUGUUGUUGAUUAUGGCGUCAAGAAGGUUGAAAACAUUCAUGUCACUUCUUUUUCAACAACAAGCACUGUCAAAGGUGAUAAAUUGUCUGCAUCCAAGCUUUUAUGCAAUGAAAAUCAAGAAACUCAUGAGGCUUGUCCAGCCAUUAAACUUAAAGAUGAAACCAAAUUGCAUUAUUUUUCUGCCACGGAGGCUUCUUCAAAUAGCAAAGCAACCUUCAAGGGGAAGUCAUUCUGUUUUGCAAGCUCAUUUCCUGCAGAACCUAGGGCUGAAGUUAUUGAAUGGGUUAAAGGAGGAGGAGGGACCUUGUUGAAUGGCCAAGCAAAAAAUGUUGAUUUCAUCAUCGAGUCUCAUGGCCUUUCACAGGUUUUACCUGCCAAUUUAUCUCAGUCUACCUCCAUUUCCACACAUUGGAUACGUUCUUCUAUAGAGGAGGGCUGCAUGCAAGAUGUUGCGAACCACAUACUUUACUCACCAUUGCAUUGUCAUAUUCCGUUGCCUGGAUUUGAGGGCCUCCGAUUUUGCGUUUCCCCAUAUGAUGGGAAAGAGAGGAUAUUAUUAAGGAACUUAUGCUUCGUCUUGGGAGCAAAGUUCACCGAAAAGCUAACGAAGAAAGUUACCCAUUUAAUUUGCAAGUUUACUAAUGGUCCAAAAUACGCAGCUGCUUGUAGAAAGGGGAUUCAAACAAUUACUGCCGAUUGGAUUACUGAAUGUGUCUCACAGGAUAAAUUGGUUCCAACUGAUUCAUUUCAGCCAAGGCCUGUAACUUCGCAGGAUAAAGAGGCAGGUUUAUGUACUGUGAGUCAGCAUCCUACACAGGCGGUUCAAAUGAUUUCCUUCCCAUCACAAACGCAGAGUCAACCUCAAGGAUUGAUGCAAAACUCAAGAAUGAACGUUGAUUCAAGUUCAGAUGAAAAAAGGUUGAAGAUAUCCGAACUGGAUAGAAAUACUCGUGCAUCGAAAAGACACAAAGUAGUAGAUGCUCCCAAGGAAAAUUGCAAAACUGGCCCUGAUGUGGCAGAUGCCAUAGAAGAUUUGUUAGCUCAGUCAGGCAAGAUCCAAGACCUAAAGCCACCUGGAAUGCCUGGUCAUGAAAGCAAUAUAUUUGCACACGAUGCUCCUAUCAUUGGUCAAAAUCAUGAAAAUUCCAAUACUGCUUCUGGAUUAUCAAAAAAUUGUUCAAGCCGGCCUGGGAAGCAAAACAACACUGCCCAUCCAACAAACCAAACAAGAAAAUCCGGCCCUUAUGAAACCUUUACUGAAACACAAACAGAUUCACAGGUAGUUGGAUAUGAGGAAGACUUGUCAGGCAUGCAGAAAAUAAUUGCAAGAGUUCGAUCACAGGGCUCGACCUUAAUCCCAGAUGUUAGUGAACAUUGACAGCUAAAAUCUCUGCCACUUUUUUUGAUUAAUUUUGGGGAGAGCAUGCAUUCUACGUGGAAGCCAGUCAUUUGCACUGAAAUGGUUCAUUUUAAGGAGAUGGAUACAUCAGGG